AUGCGUGAAGAUCUGACUCUGGAUUAUGUCACUGGCAGGCUGCUGGAGGAAUGGCAGAGGCGUGACGGCAAGGAGUUGUCGGCUGCGAGUGCUUCGUCAAGUGAUAGGCUUGUGAGGAAUGCAGGCAGCAUUUCUGAGGAGAAGCAGCCAAAACAACGUACCCAAGCUACGGCUGGCGAAAAGGCUGCGUUUGCUGUUCGGCGUUGUUACCGCUGCGGUUCUACCCGGCAUCUAAGGAAGCAGUGUCUGGAGGAGGCCAUAUCUGAGGGUCCAAAGCAGCGCAAGCAGCAGAAGAAGCUUGCAAAGAAGAAGCAGACGGCACAACUUGUGAUGGCCGUGGUCGAGUGUUCUGAUGAGCGGCGAAACACCUGGAUCAUCGAUUCAGGGAGUUCCCGGCAUAUUGUUGUUUCAGAGGCGUUUUUUGCCAAGAAGGUUGCUACACCACGGAGCCAGGUGGCGUUGGCUGACAGGAGGAAAUCUGACGUGGAGUCAGGUGGCUCUGUGUUUGUCUCCUGUCUGUGCACGCAUCUGGACAACGUUUUGUGUGUUCCUUCGCUGAGGAGUAACCUGAUGUCCGUCUCCUGUCUACUGAAAGCUGGGUUUGUAGUGCUGUUUCAGGACAGUUACUGUGAGAUCCAGAAAGGCGGAGAGACAUUGGGGAGGGCUCUGGCAGAAAAUGGGUUGUUUGUGCUAAAAGACUGUGUUCAAGAGUCUGUAUUAGCCAGCAACGACACACAACCUGUAUGUAAAAAUGAAAGUUUUCAUAAAAAAUGUUUGCAUCUAUGA